AGCCACGGAAAAGAAUUGCCAUUUGUUUCACUUAUGGCCACCACUUGUUUCUCUGCAAUCUCUCCAACCACCACCACCUCCUCCUCCUCAAGCAUUCACCUCCGGCGCCACCCAAGACUAACUUUUUCAAACGCUAGAACAACCAGACCUAUAAGGACUGGCUGUCUUAAAACACACAUCAGUGCCAAGCUAUCAAACAAGAAUGCGUUGCAAUACAGGAAGCUUGGAGACUCUGAUCUUGAAAUCACUGAAAUAACUUUCGGAACUAUGACAUUUGGAGAACAAAACACAGAGAAAGAAGCUCAUGAAAUGCUUAGUUACGCAUUUGAACGUGGUAUUAAUAUUCUUGACACUUCAGAGGCUUACCCAAUUCCAAUGAAGAAAGAAACUCAAGGUAGAACAGAUCUUUAUAUAGGCAGCUGGAUGAAGUCUCUGCCCCGUGAUAAGGUUAUUUUGGCCACAAAAGUUUGUGGUUACUCGGAGCGCUCUAGUUAUAUGCGUGACAAUUCAAAAGUUUUGCGAGUUGAUGCUGCUAACAUCAAAGAAAGCGUGGAGAAAAGCCUCAAACGCCUCAACACAGAUUACAUUGAUUUAUUGCAAAUUCACUGGCCAGAUCGUUAUGUGCCAUUAUUUGGUGAAUUUACAUACAAUUACUCUAAAUGGAGGCCAAGCGUGCCAUUUGUGGAGCAACUAAGGGCAUUUCAAGACCUCAUUGAUGAAGGGAAGGUAAGGUAUAUCGGUGUUUCCAAUGAGACUUCAUAUGGAGUGAUGGAGUUUGUUCAUGCAGCUAAAGUUGAAGGACUACCAAAGAUUGUUAGUAUCCAAAAUAGUUACAGUCUGCUAGUUAGAUGCCGUUUUGAAGUUGAUCUUGUUGAAGUUUGCCACCCAAAUAAUUGCAAUAUUGGUUUACUUGCUUAUUCUCCACUGGGUGGUGGUUCGUUGAGUGGAAAAUAUUUAGAUAUAAAUUCUGAAGCUGCAAAAAGAGGAAGGUUGAACCUUUUUCCUGCUUACAUGGAAAGAUACAAUAGAUCAAUUGCUAAGGAGGCAACAAUAAAAUAUAUGGAGUUAGCUAAGAAGCACGGUUUAACCCUUGUUCAACUGGCGCUUGGAUUUGCACGAGAUCGUCCAUUUAUGACAAGUUCAAUUAUCGGAGCAACCUCUGUCGAUCAACUAAAAGAAGAUAUUGAUGCAUUUGUGACAACUGAGCGGCCGUUGCCAGAAGAAGUAAUGGCAGAUAUUGAAACCAUUUUCAACAGAUACAAAGACCCUGCUAUCCUUUAAGAGUAGUCAUUUAGAAAAUAUUCAGGCUCCUUCUUUAUCUCCAUUUUUUUCCCAUUCAAAUUAUGUAAUCAUCGAUUCAAUAGGUACCUUUGACAUAAUCUUCAUGGUUUCUGUUAUCUAAUGCCUAAAAUGCUUUUUCAAGCUAAAUUAUUAAUUUAUCAAA